AUGAGUAACAAAGAAGAGCUUCCCUGUGACAUUGAGAGAAGCCAAGUGCUUCCCCAAUUCAUGACACAACAGUUGAAACAUCAAACACCAUAUACUAAUACCACCAUAGAUCAAAACAAUACAAAGUCAUCUAAUGUCGGUAACCUCCCCAUGGGGCAGCCUCUUAACUCCAUGAACAAGUCUAAUAGGCCUAUCGUCGUAACACAUGUCAUUCCUAAUGACAUUUGUUAUCACGUGUUUGAGAUCGCUGCUGAAGCAGACGUCUCAAAAAGCCUCUUUGAUUAUGUUCGUCGUCGAGGGAGAGGCUUAAGCAUCCUUAGUGGGAAUGGGGAGGUGGCUCAAGUGACACUUCAGCAAUCAACAGGAGAAAUUGUAACCCUUCGUGGAAGGUUCCAGAUUAAUUCGAUAUCUGGAAUAAUUUCCCAGACGCCCACACAGGCAAAGGUGGAAGGUUUGAUUGUUAAAUUAUCUGAUACUAAUGGACAAUUGGUUGGGGGAAAUGUAAUCCCCCCUUUGGUGGCUUUCAGUCCCGUAUUUUUGGUCUCUUAUUCUUUUGCAAAUAUUGUAUUUGAAAAAGAGACUUUUGUGGCUUAUGGCAGGGAUAAUCAAGAAGUGGCGUGCCUCGAUGAACCUGAACAUGCGGCCAAAAUUGGUGAGUUCCCCGGAGGACCGUAUGAUGCAUCUGCUCUAGUGAGGUACCAGGGUCACGUUGGUCACCAUUUAUGGUUUGACGAGGAGAGACACCCGAAGAAAGAAAUAAAGGUUGAUGCACAUGGCAGCAAAUUGAUAGGAUGUGUUCCACACAGUCUCCCAUUGGUGAUAGAGUCUUGA